CCCCACAGAGCCGCCAUAGCCGCCCGCUUCCUUUAACCCAACGUCCUCGCCGCCGGCUCCGCGCCUCCGCCAUGGCCGAUGUGGAAGACAGCGAAGAGCCCUGCGCCUUGUCAUCCCACUCCGGGAGCGCAGGCUCCAAGUCGGGGAGCGACAAAAUGUUCUCGCUCAAGAAGUGGAACGCGGUGGCCAUGUGGAGCUGGGACGUGGAGUGCGAUACGUGCGCCAUCUGCAGGGUCCAGGUGAUGGAUGCCUGUCUUAGAUGUCAAGCUGAAAACAAACAAGAAGAUUGUGUUGUGGUUUGGGGAGAGUGUAAUCAUUCCUUCCACAAUUGCUGCAUGUCCCUGUGGGUGAAACAGAACAAUCGCUGCCCUCUCUGCCAGCAGGACUGGGUGGUCCAAAGAAUCGGCAAGUGAGAGCAGUAGAAGGCUUUCUUGGUUCGCAGCCCUGGUAGAUUUGCUGUCAGGUGCCCAGUGAAGGCUAGAACACUCCAGGGAACUAAUUCUUCAGAUAGGAGUCGCUGGAUCUGUGGUUCUUUGGGACUCAUCAAAGGCAUGGUUUAGCAUUUCGACAGUUUUAAUUUUCAAGAUUCUCUACAAUUAAGAAAAUAAUUUAUUAAAGAUGGUCUUUCCUACCUCUGGUAUGUGUCACACACGCUGCUUUUAAAAGUGCUAAAAAGGAGAGAAUUCCAGGUGGAAUGAAAUUUAUAAUUUACCUAUCUAUAUACAAGGAACUGUGGAAACAGUUCCAUUCACAGGAGAGCUUUUUGCAUGCUUCUGGUUGAUCAGUUAAAAAGAGAGAGAAUGUUAUAGUGACAAAUAAAGUGCAGUUUAAAACCUAACUCUUAUCCUCAAUUUGUUACUAAUAUUUUUAUGGGAAGAAGGGACAAUUCAUGACAUCUUUAUUUGAUAUAAUGAUAAUUUUGAUUUUGGACCAGGGUAAAUAAAAUCUUUCAGGCAAAUGGAAUUUUAAUUGCCUUUGAAGUUAUUCUCUUAUCUUUGACUCAUCAAGAAAACCAGAAUCUAUAUUUAUCUCAGUUAAAUCAUUGAGUGUUAAAGGACAGAGCUAUUUUCUAGUCCAGGUCAGAUUAUGUUGUUAUUGUACAUUUUAGACAAAAUACUAAUGAGGGGGAACUAUUUACCAGUGCAGCAUUGGAUUAAAAAGUUAAUCACAGUGUUUUAAUAAAUUAUUUAUUCUGUUUA